UACGCAUGCUUUUGUGAGGUGUCUGUACUGAAUUGGACUCGAUGGAGGAAAUUCUGUAACACUUCCGGCCGAUAUCUUUUGCGAUAACUUAGAGUUUUCAUCCAGAAUUCUUCCUAAUGAGAGCCAUUGUUCAGCGCGUCACACAGGCAAGUGUUUCUGUUGAUGGUGAAGUUAUUAGUUCCAUUGGAAAAGGACUUUGUGUUUUACUUGGAAUAUCAAAGUAUGACACUCCUAAAGAAAUUGAAUAUAUGGUGAGAAAAAUUCUUAACUUAAGAGUCUUUGAUGAAAAUGAACAAAGAUGGAAGAAGUCUGUUGUGGAUAAAAAUUUUGAAGUACUGUGUGUGAGUCAGUUCACACUACAAGCAGUUCUAAAGGGAAAUAAACCGGAUUAUCAUCUUGCAAUGGGGGGUGAACAGAGUAAGGCUUUCUAUGGAGAUUUUCUUCAAGCAAUGAAAUCAGCCUACAAACCUGAUGCCGUUAAAGACGGAAAAUUUGGAGCGUACAUGCAAGUUCAUAUUCAGAAUGAUGGUCCAGUUACAAUAUCAAUAGAAACGCCACCGCCGCAACAAGUACAACAAAAACAGGUUAAAGGAACUUCAGGUUCUACAAAAGCAGCUACCAUGACUGUGGAUGAAGGAGCUGCAAAUAGUUUCCCCAAUGCUGAAAAUCAUAGUUCGCUAAUCGACGCUGAACAACAAAUACAAGAAUUUGACGAUCUCAACGUGGACGAAAAACAAGGAAGGACGUGACGCUAGGUCAAUUCCAAACCACAAGUGGAAAUCUUGUACAGUUUAAUCUGGACGCCACAGAUUUGCUUUGCAUAUGUACGAAACAAAUUUGAAAAUUAGAUGUUUAGGUAUUUUGGUGUAGAAAAAAUAUAAAUAAUGACAUUGAAGUUA